AUGGCUUGGCUGCACCUUUCUUAUCCAAAUGAAAAUAAACCCAACAGAAUGACUUCUAUUCAAAUCUUGACAGAAUAUCUUGAGGAGAAUGCCAUUGAUUCUAAUUUCAUUUUUGAAAACCUCGCAACAAAAGCAUAUUUUGGAAUAAUUGAAAUGAGGUCACCAUCAUUGUAUCUAACCUUCGAAGAAGUUCCAUCAUUAGCUACUGAGUACUACAUAAUGCGCAGAUGGAAUGCGCCCGGUCUUCAGAAUCAAAAUAAAUUUGAAGAAGUAAAAAAGAGGAUUUUUUAA